AUGUUUGUGUAUCCAUCUACCUGGGUAUGUGAUCUACAACCGGAAUCUCGUUACCUACCCUUACGUAGUAGAAUAGGAUGUGCUCUUGUUUUCGGACGGGGUCUUUCUCUAUGCACUGUCUGUGUACGAUUUAUCUCUGAUAGUACUGUGUCUACGACUAGAUGGAUUCAGUAUGCGACUAAUGCAACUAUUCCUGACUCUUCGUGUCCUAAUGUUGGAACCGGCAAUAGUGCUAGUCUCGUGGCUUGUCAAGCGUCAUGCGACGCACAACCUGCAUGUAAUGGAAUGAAUUUUAAUCCUACGGGUCCGAGUUGCUAUCUUCGUCAAUGUCCUAAUUAUUCGCCAGCAACUAACACCUAUUCAGGGUAUAAUGUGUGGCUAAAAAUACCUCCAGCUUCAACUCAAUGGAGGCUAUAUGCAUCUAAUGCAACUAUUCCUGACUCUUCGUGUCCUAAUGUUGGAAUCGGCAAUAGUACUAAUCUCGUGGCUUGUCAAGCGUCAUGCGACGCACAAUCUGCAUGUAAUGGAAUGAAUUUUAAUCCUACGGGUCCGAGUUGCUAUCUUCGUCAAUGUUCUAGUUAUUCGCCAGCAACUUACACUUCUUCAGGGUAUAGUGUGUGGAUAAAAAUAUCCUAA